AUGGCUGAACAACUUCAACAUGAAUUACAAAAAUUGAAUCUAACUUCAAUUAUGAUAAUUACUCCCAAAGAAAUUAUUUAUCAAGGCAAAACUCAAGACCUUCAAAAACCUAUUACAAGUGCUGGCCUACAAGAUAUGAUAGAAGUUUUUGGCUAUUCCUGGGAAGAUAAGGUGCGAUCUAUUUGCAAGAAGAUUAAACGCUUCGAGAAUGAAGAUAAGGCUAUUUAUCGAACUUUAGAAUGGUGCUAUCGACUUGAAGUUGGCUCUCGAAAAGAACCUGAAGUAUUUCGAGUAGCUAAAAGGACCUUUGAGCUAUACAAUGCUCGAGGAAUUUGGAAUCUGUACCAAGCAAAAAAGAUAAGUUACAGAGUCUUAGCUCAUAUGUAUAACUCUGAUUUUGAGGUAGUAAAACAAGAAGCUUAUCGUGUUUACUUAGAAGAAGCUGGUGAUUUUACUAUUCCUGACAA